AUGGAGUUGGAAGAUGUUGCCAAAAACCACUUGGACUCAGACAAGGUCGAGUUAAUAUUAGAGCAGGCAACGCAAUGUGAGCUCAUGGUGGUUUUCAAAGUCUGGAGCUAUCAUUAUAGGCACCAGCUUGACUUUAACUUCAUGGUUUUCGAGGAGUCCGGAUCCUCCUUUGGCCAACCCGAAUGGAUGGCACACCCAUGGGAUUCACUGAAAGGGCUUUAUGACUAUGUCAGCUCCUUUGUCAUUCCUCACUUGGGCAGUGAGGAGAAUCUUCGGGUGCUUUCUUUGUACCAGAUGCCGAAUGAGGACUACUUUCAGUUGCAAAAGGCCGGAAAGCUGGAACCCAUUCAGCUACAAAAGACUAUGACUUUGCUUCUUGACCUUGAAGCACCACUGUGGAAGAUAGGACUCUCGAACCUCAUAUUCGCAUUCACUGUGAAAUGGGAGCUCCAUAUUCCAUAUGCCUUGUUUGAUGGAUGA